AUGGAUCCCUUUUCCGCCGAAGGAGAGUUGCUGAACUUGCACAAUUACUUCCACCAAGGCCAGUUCCAAGAAGCCAUUGAUUUCGAUACCGCUGGUCUGUCCGCCGAGAACCAACUCCCGGCCCGAGUCCUUUCCCUCCGCGCCCAAAUCGCCCUCGGACAUGCAGAAGACGUUAUUGCAGAUGUUGAAGGGGAGGUGGAUGUGGAAUUGGUAGCUGUUAGGGCACUGGCUGAGUCUGCCGGUGGGAAUGAGAGCAAGGCUGUGAAGAUUGCGGAGAAGCUGGCCAGCGAGUCUGCGGAUAACAAUACCGUUCAAAUUUUGGCUGGGACAGUCUUGCAGGCUGCAGGAAAGAGCGAAGAGGCUUUGGCGUUACUCUCUCAGCAUCAAGGAAACCUCGAAGCUGUUGCUUUGAUCGUCCAGAUCCACCUCGAACAAAAUCGCACUGAUCUGGCCAUCAAGGAAGUUGCAGCAGCUAGGAGGUGGGCUCAAGAUAGCUUACUUGUCAACCUUGCAGAGUCGUGGGUGGGCUUACGCGUGGGCGGAGAGAAAUACCAACAAGCCUUCUACGUCUUUGAAGAGCUUGCGCAAGCUCCUGCAACCUCCUCAAUUCAGAGUCUGAUAUCACAAGCCGUUGCGGAAGUCCAUCUUGGCCGACUAGACGAAGCAGAGGCAGCUCUCAAACAGGCAAUCGCAAAGGACCCUAAGAAUGCAGAGGCCAUAUCAAACAGCAUCGUCUUGAACGUUAUUCAAGGCAAAGAUACUGCGCAACUGAAGAGCGACCUGCAAAGCGCAGUACCCAACCACCAUUUCCUCACAGAUCUGCAAGAAAAGUCCUCUUUAUUCGACAAAGCCGCCACGAAGUACUCUGCCAAAGUUGCAGCAUAA